GGGCUGGGGAGCGUGGGGCCGGGCUGCUCGUAGCGGCGGCUGCGGAGCCCCCCAGCGGCUGAGGGGCUUCAUCCCAGCUCCGGCCGGACCCCGCACCGGGGAGCGCAAGGGGCCUCCCACCACAGCCGGGACGCAGCGGGGACCCCAGACCCAGCACGCCGCGACUUCCCAUCCCGGGAAAGAGAGGCUGCCGGGGCAUCCAGAAGACGGCGACCUCGCCACGGUGCUGUGAAGACGCUCGCUCCAGUCCGAGCCCCAGGACCUAGCGCGCGGUGCCCCGUCCGAGAUUUCGGGAACCCCCUCGUCGCCACUGCACACCUCAGGACACCGAGACCUAGCGCACACGCCCCUAGGUGGGGGUCCCGACCCUCCCCUGCUCCGGUACACAGGAAUCCCCAACCUACGGACCCGACGACCGCGAGAUACCCCUCACUAGCAAGAAGCCUCGGGGACCUCACAUCCCUGGGACCUGGGCUACUAAGCCUCUUGCAUCUCAGUCCUUGAUUGUGGUGCCCUGAGCCCCCGGGGCCGGGCUGACGAAGACCGAGACGGCGCCCAGGCCCCCUGCCGCGGCUUCCCCGCGGCCCCAGCUCAGGGAGAAGAUGAGCGUGGGCUGCCCUGAGCCUGAGCCGCUCCACUCCCUGCCUUGCUGCGGGCCGGGGGCUGCCCCUGGGCCUGGUGCGGGUGUGCCCCUUCUCACAGAGGACAUGCAGGCGCUGACCCUUCGCACACUGGCUGCCAGCGAUGUCACCAAGCACUAUGAGCUCGUCCGGGAGUUGGGCAAAGGCACUUAUGGGAAGGUCGACUUGGUGGCUUACAAGGGCACAGGCACCAAAAUGGCUCUGAAGUUUGUGAACAAGAGCAAGACGAAGCUGAAGAAUUUCCUCCGGGAAGUGAGCAUCACCAACAGCCUGUCGUCCAGCCCUUUCAUCAUCAAGGUCUUUGAUGUGGUUUUCGAGACAGAGGACUGCUAUGUCUUUGCCCAGGAGUAUGCACCUGCAGGGGACCUUUUCGACAUCAUCCCUCCCCAGGUGGGGCUCCCGGAGGAGACGGUGAAGCGCUGCGUGCAGCAGCUGGGCCUGGCGCUGGACUUCAUGCACGGCCGGCAGCUGGUGCACCGCGACAUCAAGCCCGAGAACGUGCUGCUGUUCGACCGCGAGUGCCGCCGCGUGAAGCUGGCCGACUUCGGCAUGACGCGGCGCGUGGGCUGCCGCGUGAAGCGCGUCAGCGGCACCAUCCCCUACACGGCGCCCGAGGUGUGCCAGGCGGGCCGCGCCGACGGCUUCGCGGUGGACACGGGCGUGGACGUGUGGGCCUUCGGCGUGCUCAUCUUCUGCGUGCUCACGGGCAACUUCCCGUGGGAGGCCGCGUCGGGCGCCGACGCCUUCUUCGAGGAGUUCGUGCGCUGGCAGCGCGGCCGCCUGCCCGGGCUGCCGUCGCAGUGGCGCCGCUUCACGGAGCCCGCGCUGCGCAUGUUCCAGCGCCUCCUGGCCCUCGAGCCCGAGCGCCGCGGGCCGGCCAAGGAGGUCUUCCGCUUCCUCAAGCACGAGCUCACGUCCGAGCUGCGGCGGCGGCCCUCGCACCGCGCGCGCAAGCCGCCCGGGGACCGCCUGCCCUCGGCCGGGCCGCUGCGCCUCGAGGCGCCUGGGCCGCUCAAGCGCACGGUGCUGACGGAGAGCGGCAGCGGCUCGCGAGCCGCCCCGCCCGCCGUCGGCCCGGUGCCGGUGCCCGUGCCCGUGCCCGUGCCCGUGCCCGAGGCCGGCCUGGCCCCUCCCGGGCCCCCCGGCAGGACCGACGGCCGCCCGGACAAGAGCAAAGGGCAGGUGGUGCUGGCCACGGCCAUCGAGAUCUGCGUCUGAGCCUCCCGCCCUCGGGCGGCCGGGCCCCCGAGGAGCGAGCGUGCAGCUCGGCCAGGCAGCGUGCGGGGAGCCCCGGGCCGCCCGCCCGGAGCCGCGGCGGGAGGGAGUAGCGUAGACUGGGAGACCCUGGCGCCCGCACACCAAGCGGGUCCGUGUUAGGCUGGUGACAGAGCUACCAGACGACCUCACCCGUGGGUGGCCGACUUCCGCCCCGAGGAACCGAGCCCCGCAGACCCGAGGACCAGAGGCCCUUGACACACCCAGAGCUGGGAGCUUGUGAGCUGUUUUCCCAAGCUCCGGAGCCCUGACACCACUUUUGGCCCUUCGGACCCCUGGCAGAUCACCUCACAAUUCCCACCCCACCUUGGGCACAGAAAGGCCGUUAGUGUAGGGCAGUGAUGGGGUUUGAGACCUCCGUGGACCAGCUGGGGAGGGCUUUGGGCUCACCAGGGAGCCCUGGAGACUAGAGGCAGAGGUCAAGUCCUGGAAAAGGUAGCAAAAGUCUGGAUGUCACGUGUGUGCAUUUAGGCACAGCCCCUAGUAUCUAGUGAUGUCCCCACGCCUGCUGAUGAGGACAUUGGGCCCAGGAGCGAGGGCCAUUGCUGUGGCCACACAGGCACCGAGUUCGAGCUAGUCUGGUACUUCCACUUGGGACUCCUGAUGCUGGUGGGGAGAGACCAGGAGUAUCUGUCCUGUGUCCCCAGGACAAGAGGAAUGAGUGCAGAGCCCAGCUGCUCAUUCGCAGUGCCCCGCCCACAACUGCCCAAUCUUGCUGCCCUGUUUGAUACUGGAUAUGUGUGGGGGUGGGGAAAGGGAAGAAACCCAACAGUGGGUGUGACAGGAGGUUGUGGAUAUGGGAGGGGCAAAUAUGUGGUGAGCAGGGAAUGGGGAGCCUUGUGCAUCUGGCCUGACCUGUGAUCCACUAUAUCUUGCUGUUGGUUUAGGUUCCUAGGCAGCCGAAGAGGAACCCAGCUUCCCCUAGCACUCUCUUGGGACCCUUGCCCACUGGAGGCCCGAGGGACCUACAGUAACCUCAACCCGCGUAGGCUGCCCUACUGACCUGGGCUGCUUCUAUCAAGUUCUCUUUGGGGAUUCUGAGGCAUUCAGGGAGGGUGGGGGGAGCGCCUGUGGUAGGGUUGGCGGCUGAAGGGGUCAUCAACCACUUUAUGGCCUGGAGCCCUCACCUCAAGUCUCCUCUCCAUCCUUAACCCUCAUUCCCACCACAAAAGGGCUAUAGGUCUCCCUGCUCUGCCCGGGUCCCGUUUACAAACUGUGCAGGGCCUGUCCCCACUCUUUUUGGGGUGCCCCCACCUGCCUAGUGUGCCAGGUAAGUAGCAAAUCCCUCCUCCCGCCAAGAGCCACAUCUCAGAGAGGCCCCCAUCACUGCCCCGGCCAGCCAGGGGCCAUGUGGUCCCCUCUCCCAGCCGAGACUUCUCUUGCCUUAGGCCUCUCCACAUCCUGAUGUGCAAUAACAAGGAAGCGAGAUUCCACAGUAGAUAUCCCGCUCGCUCGUACGCCCUUUCUGUUGCGAUCUUGUGUGGGAAGUUUCUCCCUUGUCGUAGUUUCUAGGAUGGUAGGAAGAGACCUUAGGUAUGUAGCCCAGCCCCGUGUUUUCAGAGGCCCAGGCCGUCCUGACCCUGAAGCAAGACUGUUCCUGCUGCCGUCAUCACUGCUAUGUUUAUUGGUCAGGUCGGGACCCUGUGCCCCUUAGGAGAGGUGUUGGUCACAGAUGUUUACCUCAAUUUAUGUCACUGUUGAAGACACACUAUACUAGCAAAAAAAUUAACACCGUAGACAUGGAGACUUAGAAGACAAUAAAGUAACUUCACCCUUGAUGGUUUUUAUGUGAAGGUACAAUGUGUGUGAACACAUGUGCGUGUCUGUCCCACCCCAGGGCUGCCAAAUUGUUGGCACCUGUCUCAGCCCCUGUGUCCCCCACACUGCCCCGUCCUUUGGUGCUUCCCAGGGGCCCUUUGAGCUGGCCUGUGGGGUGUGGGGAGCUCCCUGGAUGGGAGUUGGGUUCCAAAGUCUCUCACCAGAUCCUCUGGGCAGAGAGCCCUAAAGCUACAUGAUGCUCUCUCUGCCCAUGUUGUGGCUGGUGGGAUGGGCAUGGGUGGAAUCCCACCCCUAGAGCCCCAUGCUUCCUUGUCCUGCCUCCCCAGCCCCGUGUGUUUGUAAAUACUCUGGCAUCCUUUGGCUCCAGAAGGUUUUUAAAUGUGUUAUUUACUUCUCUAAUCACGACAAUUGCUAUAAAAUAAAAGUUUAGAAAAAUAA